AUGAACAAAUUGUCUUAUCAACCUCUUGGUUUUGUUUUAAAAUUUGAUCCACCCAUAAUUGGAUUAUUAUAUCAUCCCAUAGAGAAUAAGAAAGUGAAUAAGAAAAAGAGGAAGUGUUAUGCUAUUCAUUUGAAUAAUUUAAUCUUCUUAGUUGAACCUGAAGAUAUUGUAGAGGCAUUAUUUAAUGAACAUUAAGAGUUUUUAGAUCCUGAUAUUGUCAAACCUUAACAAGUACAUUUUGAUCAUUUAAUAAGGUCUAUAAAUUAGUGUUGCGAUUAGUUGCUUAUAGAGAUCAUUAGUUAAGAAAUAUGCAAGAAAUGGGAGAAGAUAUGGGUACUUUUAUUUUACCAUAUUAAAGGUGAUGGUUAUUAUGAAGAGGAAGAGGAAGUACCUGUCUAACCACCUAAAGGUAAAGGAGGAAAAGCAUAGGCAUAAUAAAGAAGAACUAAUGAUAAUAAUAGAUCAUUUUGAUUUUUUAUAUUAUA